AAAGUGGGCCAUGCAAUUCGGAAUGAUGAUGCCUGGCCAAUCCCCCUGAACCGAACCGUUGAUGCGGGUCACGUGACAAUACCCCACACGUGGUUGCUGAUUAAGCGGCACUUCCCAAAUGGGAUUUCACGUGGCACCUCACGUGCUAUCAGGGACCCCAACUGGCCAAGCUAUGAUGAGACAGAAACAACCAGUUAGCCCUGUUUCCGUCAUUUGGCCCCAUUCUGGCGGUUUGGCUAUUGGUGGCAUGCGUCUUGUGCGCUCCCAGGAACCUAUCCCCAUGCCCGUCAUGCAGGACAUCAACAUAAAACCGCCCUCUUCCCUCAUGGUGCCCUGAUUUCUUCCACCCGUGCUUCUUCCUCUGCUUCAAUCCUGUGCUGUGCGCAGUUGUCAUUCUUUACCAAUUGUCACUCAUUUGA